CUAUAGAUGAGAGAGCGUAGGGGUGAGAACAAAUCUAGAAUUUGGGUGAGAACUUUGUGGUCUCUCUGUUCACCGGUCUGUCUGUUAACGGUAGAACAUUAUGACUACAUUCUUCGCCAUGGCACCACCAACACUAACUCUCAGAUUCUUCCCUCCUCUCUCUUACCCGUUUUCAUUGCUCUGCAGGUGGAACACCGGGCAUCUUGGGAUUGGGAAAAUCCACCAGUUUACUUCGAUAAAUAUGAUGGAAUGGAAGAAGAGGAGGACUUUGAUCUGUGCAGUCAAUGAAGAUGCUGAGAAAUCAUUUAAAAAGACUGUGGAAGUGGAUAUGCUAAUAGAUAUGCUGAGGGAUGCAAAUGAUAAGGAGCUUCAGCAGCUUGUUGUAGAAAAUGUACUUGCUUUCAAUGAGAGCUUCUGGAUACGACUUGCAGCUAGAACGGACACUUCCAAAUCAGAGGAUGACAAAAAAGACUAUGAAGAAUUGGCUUUAUCUGUAAUGAGCAUAGUGGAUCUCCUUGUCCAUAAGACUAAUGAAAAAAUAAAUUCAGCUACCGAUGUUCUCAAGGAAAUUUUAAAACCUGUAGUUGAUGAAGAGGAAGAGAUUUCUUGGCCUCCUAGAGAUCCCAAGGCUCUCAUUUUCAUGGAGAAAGAAAUCAAACAAAGGCAGCAAGAAGGGCAACUGGAUGAGGGGUUCCUUUCAGAAGUUAAUGCACAACUACGGCAAGCAAAAGAAGAUGGGGACAAGCCAGGACUUGAGGCUAUGUUGCAGAAAGUUCUGCAACUCUAUGCUUCCACAGUCCUGUCUAAACGCAGUUAUGCCAGAAAAGGAAAUGAAGUUUUGAAAGCUGAGCAGUUCCUUGAGACCAUAAUUGACGCUCCAGAAAAUGAAUGGAAUGAGCUGUUGAUCAAUGGUAUGAAUGUUGGUAAGGGGGAGAUCUCACUCGAGGAGCUCAAUUCUGUCAUCAAGAAACGCAUCGAACGGACUUUGAUUCGAACUGAAGGAGGUUCUUACCAACAACGUGUUCUUACUGAGUAUCUGAAAGGUAUUCAAUCAAGAGCAGGGGAGAUUGUUCAGGUUCUUCUGGGCAAGAUUCAACAGUAACUGUGAAGGACAGCUGGACUUGGUCUCAUUAGGUUGCACUUGGUAAAUAUCAGACCUAAUAGUUGCAUACGGAUCUCAUGUGUAAAAUGCCUGAAGUAUCUAUUGAGUUGUUCUUUGCCUUUUGAUAUUUCAAACUUCCAUUACUCUUCGGUUCAGUUGAUUCCUAGACUCCAGGAUAAAGGCAGAUACUCCCUCAUUCAUCAUCUUCAAAAUCCUUGCCACUGGAGCAGAAGUCGCCGAUGCCUUGCUACUUUGCACUGAUCUCCUCUUUCUACUACUUGGAAUGGUGUUUAGUUUUACAAUUGCUGUCUUGGUACUUGACAAGGUCAGAAGUGAUGUCUUCAAUGCUCAGCGUAGUUCUUGACUUGAAAUGUAAGUUAUUGUAUUCAUCAAGAAGCAAGAUUCAUGUAACCGAUCCAAAUAAUUCCGAUAAAGGAUAUGUUGAGUUGAGAUGUAUCAGGAAGCAUAGAGUAAGAAGCCAAUAUAGUCUAUACAAGUUUAAGUGGAUGUUGUUGAUGAAGAAUGCAA